AUGGCUUACAAAAGCAAGCUUAUUGAGUUAGCAUCAAUAGCCGACACUCCUUCCAACCUAUUGUCUGGAGGAAAUCACGGGUCACAUGAGAACCAGGAGCUUUCAGCUGGUGAGCUUCGAAAUCUAGCUCGCAUUCUAAGCCAACUCUCGAGUUUGCAGCCACAGAGCGCGAAAUCGAGUACCAAUUUGCUUGCGGAUCCAGCAAGUGUUUACUUCCUACAUCCAGGUGAGAAUCCUGGAGUUUCUAUUGUCCCAAUUGUGCUGAAUGCUAAGAACUACAAUUCCUGGUCAAGAGUCAUGAAAUUAGCACUAAAAUCAAAGAAUAAGAUAGGCUUUGUUGAUGAAACCAUUGUGAAACCAGAUAAAAAUGAUCCUGCAUAUGUAGCAUGGGAUAAAUGUAAUACUUAUGUUAUUUCUUGGUUAAAUCUAUCAUUGAGUGCUGAGAUUGCACAGAGUGUUGUUUGGAAUGAAACUGCUGUAGAUGAAACUACUGUAGAUUUAUGGCUUGAUUUGAAGCACAGGUAUUAUCAUGGAGACAGAUACAGGAUUGCUGAAUUAGAAGAAGAGUUGUAUGCUAUGAAACAAGGGAAUCUAAGCAUAACAAAUUAUUUCACCAAGUUGAAGGCUAUUUGGGAAGACAUUGACAGUUUCAAACCAGUUCCACAAUGCAAGGAAUGCUCUGAAAAAUGUGACUGUGGCUUAGGAACUAUGAGAGAUUAUCGAGAUGAAACUUAUGCAGUGAGAUUUUUAAGAGGAUUGAAUGAGCAGUAUGGGAUUGUGAUAUCCCAAUCAUGCUGAGACAUCAAUGAAAUUUUUUCUCUACUUAUUCAGCAAGAGAGACAGUUUAAUGGAUCAGAUUUGGAGACUCAAAACUUUACAGUUUUGGCCAAUUCAAUUCAUAAUUUCAACAAUAAUUCAAGCAGUGUUUCCAGAGGAAGAGGACGAGGACGAGGAAUCCGUGGAGGUAGAGGUGGAAGAGGAGGAAGAAAUUCAGCACCUAAGACCUGUUCUCAUUGUCACAAGGCAGGGCAUCUUGUGGAUACUUGUUACCACAAAUAUGGAUUUCCACCUCAUCUACAGAGGCAAAAAUGGCCACGAGAGACUAGCAAUGGAGCUAUGGCCAAUAAUAUUGUUGCUGGAAUUGAAGGGAGCAGUACCAACAAUGUCAAGCAGGACAAGGAAGCUGAUGGUCAAUCCCAAUUCAAUCAGAGUUUGAGAGAUGCACUGCUUACCUUUCUUCGGCAGGAGUGUGCACAGUCUUCUCAAGGAACAAGUGUGAGAGAUGUCGAUCAAUCAAAUGCAGGAAAUGGAGAAUCGGACCUCUUUGAAGAUGAUUGGCACAGCUAGAGCAAAGCAUGGAUUAUACAUGAUGGAUUUUUUCGCAUUAGAGUUAGCACACAGGGACAACAUGGAAAAUACAACAUACAAUAGGAAUACUAGGAUUCUAGAUCCGCAAAGUCAUAGUGACAAGAUUUUACUUUCUUCUAAUCUUAGGACAGCAAAUUCGGUUACACAAACUUCAUGUUUUUCUGUUGAGAAUUUAUGGCAUUUUAGAUUGGGU